AAGCACAAGCGUCGGCGUCGCUCAUUAUUGUCCAGCACUGUGCUUGAGGAAAUCAUGCCGACCGCGGUCAGCAAGGACUCUACCCACGGGUUUUCGAAAGCCCAGAACGGCACCAAGGAAGCCCAUACGAACGAGGACCCACUCCCCGAACGGGUUUCGAAGGGUUACAUCAAGGAACGUCGCACAUCGCAAGCGAGCAACUCGCUUGUUUUCACCAUCAGGGAAGGUGUCGGCCAGCUCGCGAAAACGUUGCAGAUCUUCACGGACAACAACGUAAAUCUCCAACACAUCGAGUCUCGGAGCUCUCAGAAAAUCAAAGAUGCCUACGAGUUCAUCGUCAACUUCGACACAUCCAGUGGGGGCGACCUCAAAUCCUGCAUCGAGAAGAUUAAAGAGGGAGCCGAACACGUGACCCUCUGCACCCGAGAGAAAAUCUCCCGACAACUCUCCGACGAAGUCCCCUGGUUCCCGCGAAGAAUCGAGGAUUUGGAUCUCUUUGCUAACCACAUCCUAUCCUACGGAAGUGAGCUGAGCGCCGACCAUCCCGGUUUCACCGAUGAAGUCUACCGGGCCCGUAGGAAGGAAGUGGCCGACAUCGCGUUCAACUACAAGCACGGUCAGGAAAUUCCGCGGGUCGUGUAUAACGAGAGGGAAGUCGAAACCUGGAGGAUCGUGUACCGUGAACUCACAAAGAAAUAUCCAACCCAUGCCUGCCGGGAACACAAUCACAUCAUGCCGCUGAUGGUCGAGCAUUGCGGUUACCGAGAGGACAACAUCCCACAGCUGGAAGACAUUUCGAGGUUUUUGAAAAAGGCCACCGGCUUCUCGUUACGUCCUGUCGCCGGACUCUUGUCAUCGCGGGAUUUCCUGGCUGGUCUAGCCUUCCGUGUCUUCCAUUCGACGCAAUAUAUCCGACACCACACGACACCGUUCUACACACCGGAACCGGACGUCUGCCACGAAUUGCUCGGCCACGCACCCCUGUUCGCGGAUCCAGAUUUCGCUCGGUUUUCGCAGGAAAUCGGUCUUGCCUCCCUGGGAGCCCCAGACGAGUACAUCGAGAAACUCGCCACCUGCUACUGGUUCACCGUGGAGUUCGGUCUGUGUCGCCAGGACGGCGAGCUCAAAGCCUACGGGGCGGGACUGCUCUCGUCGUUCGGGGAGCUCGACUAUUGCCUCAGCGACAAGCCUGAGGUGCGAACCUUCGACCCCGCGGCCACCGGCAACCAAAAAUAUCCCAUAACGCAAUAUCAACCUGUGUACUUCGUGGCGGAGAGCUUUCAGCAAGCUCAGCAGAAGAUGCGAGAGUACGCGUUGUCUAUACCGAGACCGUUUGAUGUCCACUACAAUCCGUAUACCCAACAGAUCGAAGUGCUAGAUAGCAUUCAUCAACUCCAAGUCUUGGCGAGCGACCUCGGUGUGGAGAUGUCGUUGCUGAAAAGUGCGCUGAAAAAACUUCAGACGUGAGCCCGUUCGUCGAUGGAGGGGAAUCGGGGGGAGCUCGUUGAUUUUGCCUAUUCUCCCCCGUGCCGCUCCCCGACGGAGCUUCGUGGCCCCGUCUCACUUUUUAUCAAAACGAACUCGACGCGACGACUUGUUGGCGCAGUCGGGGCGACCAUUGAUAAAAACAUUCCACUCUCUAUCUUCCCUGUUUCCGGAUUAGUUUACAGGGAUCGGUUUCGAAUUCAUCUCGCGUGCCAUCUCAGUCACGACGCUGAUAUAUUACAAUAAAAAGGAGGUCAACUA